GGUCGCCUGAAAGUCUGAGUUUUUUUCCCUUAAGAUCCCGCCGGGCUCCGGUGGUGGCGGUUAAACCCUUCCAAAACCUGACUUCUGCUGAAAUUCGAUAACCGUCCACGAUACAGGAAUGUCUAACAGAAGCCUCCAUUUGAAGAAAAUUCCAUGGCUUUCUUCUCGGAUUCUCUCAGACAAUGUGCACGGUCGAUUUCGCCGACCAAUUACUACUCCAGCCACUUGUUUAGUUCCUUCACUCGAUGGAGACAUCAACAUUGGGUCCAAGACAUUGGUCGAACAAUGUUUCUCUCGCGGAUUUGCAUCAGUACGACGAGUAUCUCGAGCUUCUUCUUCUUCUUCUCCUUCCUCUCCACAUGUUGAUUUACUCUCUUAUAUUAAAGCUUCACUUGAUAAACUUGCAGGUCCUACCCAUCAUUGGUUGAAUCGAGACAUUGGGAAUAAACAGCUUUUCAAGGACAAAGGAACUUAUGUAGUUCUCGCUGGACAUUUGCUAAACGAGACAAGUGAUCUGAGUGGUUUCUUUGAGAAACUUAAGUUGCUUCAGCAGAGGUCUCCGGGUGUCUGUUUCAUGUGCAUUCACUUCAGUGAUCAAGCUCGAAUUGCUGAUGAUCAAACUGCUUUAGCUGAGUUGAUUGUGAAGGAAUACCUCACUUUUCCUGUACUACUUUCUGAAAAAGAAUUUCCCAAGACUACUGGGGAAAUACGUUACAUCGUGUUUAAAGAUUUUAAGAAUCCUUUAAUCUACGAAGAGAAGGAUCUCGAUAUUGCUUCUGUAGCUAAAGCUCUUGACAGCCUCACUCAAGAUACUGAGAAAUCCAAGUCUGUCAGAAUUUUCACGAACACUUGGUCAAAACAAGCUGAGGCUAUCAAGGAAUCACAUUUCCCUUCUUUCUUUCAGGAUUUGUUACUCUACUUUCCAGGUUGUAUCUCUUCAGACGAAGUUGGAGAACGUCUGUUUCUUUCUGAUACCAACCAUCAUCGUAUAAUUAUGUUCGAAAACAGUGGGAAGAUUUUAGACAGUAUUGGUUGUUUCCCAGGUUUUGAGGAUGGAGAAUUUGAAUCUGCAAAGAUGUUACGUCCUACAGGGACCCUUUAUGACGAAGAGGAGGAUUGCCUCUACAUUGUAGAUUCUGAGAAUCACGCCAUUAGAAGAGCAAAUAUAAAUAGCCGGGUCCUGGAAACAGUAUAUCCAAAGGUUAUUAAGAAAAGUGGUGGCAUAUGGUCUUGGGUAAUGGAGAAAAUGGGUCUUGGAAAAGAGGAUGAUAUAACAGUUGAUGCUGAUGCCAAAUCAGAAGAAUUUGAUGCUCGCUCUCUGUUGUUUCCAUGGCAUAUACUGAAGCGUGAUGAUGAGAGUCUUUUAGUCCUUAACAAAAGCUUUUCGAAGUUAUGGAUAAUAAAUUUAGCUUCAGGAGAGAUCGAAGAAGUCGUGGAAGGGUUUUCGAAGAUAAUGGAGAUCUGCGGGCAAUCAAUCACAGAGAAGCUAUCAGUGUUGGAACAUAUGCCUUCUAACUGGUUGCAACAGCAAACGGAGGCUAUCACCUCAUUUAAGGAGCAGCCAAGUGCUUCCCUUUUGUCUUCUUUUGCUAAACUUGGAGACGACAUUGUCAUGACAGAUAUAGCUUGUCAGAGGGUGUUGAAGCUAAAUAGAGAUUCUGGAGCAUGCUCUAGUAUUCAGUUCUCAAACAUUGGGAUUCUUGGGUUGCCAUAUUGGUUGUUCAUUCCACUGGAGAGAGUUUUCAAUCUAGCUAAUGGUGUUCAGGAAGCACAUCUCAGUCAUACUCAGGAACUCCGGUUAUUGCCAGGUAAAAUUAGCUUACGGUUGAACAUAGAGAUUCCUCCAUGCGCGGAGCUUGUUGAACCGAUACAAGAAAGCUGCAUAUGGCGACAGACAAGAGGCGCAAUCAGUGAAGUCUCGAGUGCUGGAAGUGCAGUUGAACCUUCCGAAAAGGUUGGAGUUUCACAACAAUGGUAUGAUGAAUUAGACAGCCUCGCCAAAGAAAUAGCCAACCCCGAAGCAGUUGAGGAAGAUGAGGAGGAAGAUGUUAACCCCUCUGAGGUUGAAAGAGAAGAAGAUGGACGUAUUCACAUUGAUUGUACUGUCAAAACCAGUCCUGGCUCAAGUGAGCUUAUUGUUUAUGCAGCUUUAUAUUUAAGACUGGCGAGAAACGAAGAGACAGAAAAUGCGAGUCAGGAAGAACUGGCCAGAAAAAUUGCAGAGAUUUUAAAGCCAGUACGGAACAUUACGACUAUGAAGGAAGAUUUGUUUGUGAAACUGUUGUCCAAGUCAAAGAGAGAAUUGAGAGACAUUGUCUUCUUGAAGCCGAUGCAUGUGCGGAUAAGGUUAGACUCGAUGGAUCAUCCAAAAGCCGAUAACUCAAGAGACGUAAUCUUGACUGACUCCUCUGUUGAGAAAAAGGUUCCGAGAGAUUCAGACAACAGCUACCGGAGAAAUGGUGAGUUGACCGGUAGAGACAACAACAAAACACACCCUGAGAAUCCAAAGACUGUAAAUGAGCAGAACAAGAACAAUGAUGAAGACAAAGAAGUGACAAACAACAUCGCUGCGCAAACAUUCACCUUCAGGGAGCUAGCUACUGCAACCAAGAAUUUCAGACAAGAAUGUCUCAUCGGUGAAGGCGGGUUUGGAAGGGUUUACAAGGGCAAACUCGAGAAAACCGGCAUGAUUGUGGCAGUGAAGCAAUUAGAUAGAAAUGGGCUUCAAGGGAACAAAGAGUUCAUCGUGGAGGUCUUGAUGUUAAGUCUGUUGCAUCACAAGCAUCUUGUGAAUCUCAUUGGGUAUUGUGCUGAUGGAGAUCAGAGACUUCUCGUCUAUGAGUACAUGCCUCGCGGUUCACUCGAAGAUCAUCUCCUCGAUCUAACGCCGGACCAAGUACCAUUGGAUUGGGACACGAGGAUUAGAAUCGCUCUAGGAGCCGCAAAGGGUCUUGAAUACUUGCAUGACAAGGCAAAUCCUCCAGCACAACCGGUGUUCAAAGAACCGAGUAGAUUCCCAGAGUUAGCGGAUCCGAGUCUGGAGGGAGUGUUCCCGGAGAAAGCUCUGAAUCAGGCGGUGGCAGUCGCAGCAAUGUGUUUACAAGAAGAGGCAACGGUACGGCCACUGAUGAGCGACGUUGUAACCGCUCUAGGUUUCUUAGGAACCGCUCCUGACGGCUCUAUCUCUGUUCCACACUACGAUGAUCCUCCUCAGCCGUCGGAUGAAACGUCCGUUGAAGAUUCAGUGGCAGCGGAAGAACGGGAAAGAGCCGUGGCUGAGGCAAUGGAGUGGGGAGUUGCUUCAAGAGCACAUUCCCGGAACCCGAGUGCUUCUUGAUUUUCAUUUUUUACAUCUUUUUGUCUUCUUGAUUUUAAUUUUGGGUUUGGUCGUUGUUUCCUUUGUUAUCUUUUUUGGCUUUCAAUUUCAGUUUCAGAAAUAUAGUGAUAGAAUAUUGUUACCGUUUCUCUCUUUGUUAUGUUCUGUUUUGUUUGAAUGUGUAUAUUCCAGCUGGGUUUUUCAUAGCUCGAGAAUGCAAUCUGUUCUUAUUCUUGGUUUUGAGCUUCACAUAAAAAAGAUUAUGAUUA